AUGGUAACUCCAGUUCAACAAUUUGCUGUCCAGCAACCUGCAGCAGCUUAUUAUGCAAUUUGCAGCCAGCCUACACAUGAUUUUAUGGGUUGUCCACAGAGAGAUGCACAUCCAGAUUCUGUGGCAGAGCAAGGUGGUGAGCAGCAAGUUAAACCACCAUUCCCACCACCAGUCCAUCAACUUGCCGCACCAGCUAGAGCUUCUUGGGAAAUUGCAAUUGACAAGUUGGCAGAGGCUACUUGCAUCAGUUUGGAACAAAGCAAUCAGAACCUGCAAAAGAUACAACAAACUAUGAAUCAAAACAUGCAGAACAUGCAGGCUUCCAUAACUAAUUUGGAAAGGCAAUUUGGGCAGCUAGCAAGUAAUAUCACAGAAAGAGAACAAGGAAAAUUUCCCAACCAAACAGUUCCAAAUCCAAGAGGUACAAAAAAUUGUUGUGCAAUAAGGACGUUGAGAUUCAGAAAAAGUUAUGACAAUCGAGACAAAGAAAAAAAUGACAACAGGGACGAGGCUGUAGAAAUUAACAAUAUAGUUACUGAAACUACAAAAAAAGAUGCAGAAACUGUUUCUGGGCAGAUUUCAAAUAACUCAGAAUCUGCCCCUGCCCAGAAAUCAGUGCGUGUUUAUGAUCCUCCUCUUCCCUAUCCUGAGAGUAAGAAAAGAAAGCUUAUGGAGUUAGAAGAGAUUGUGCUAACAGGACAAUGCAGCGUUAUCUUAUUGCACAAAUUACCUCCAAAGAAGAAAGACCCAGGGAGUUUUACUAUCUCUUGCACUAUUGGAAAUUGUGAUUUUAGUAGCGUUUUAAUUGAUUUAGGUGCUAGUAUUAAUCUAAUGCCUUAUUCUAUUUUUAAACGUUUAGGUGAAGGUAAGCUAAAGCUAACAUCCAGGAUUAUUCAAUUGGCAGACCAUUCAAUUACCUAUCCUAGAGGGGUCAUUGAAGAUGUUAUUGUAAAGGUGGACAACUUAUUUUUGCCAGCAGAUUUUAUGGUUCUAGACAUGGGUGAGGAUUUGAAAACACCCAUCAUUUUGGGCCGUCCUUUCAUGGCAACAGCCCUUACUCUUAUUGAUGUUGAAGCUGGAACUUUAACACUAAAGGUCCAAAAUCAAUUACUGGUUUUUAAUUUGUUUGAAGCAACCAAACAGCCAGCAGAAAAGCAAGAAUGCAUGCGUGUUGAUACACUAGAUGGGUUCCCUCGUGAUAAAUUUAUGACUAGAUCAACUGACCAUCUGUCCAUAAAGCCUCCAAAUUUCAUUCAAGAUUGCAUCGGUCCAAAACCAAAGCAGCAAAGAGUGUUGCAUGAUGUCCAACCAAUUGACAUUAAAAAAAAAGUAGUAACACGUUGCAAGGCAGCAAAAGUUUUGAAAAAAUACAACCUGGUGAAAAGGCGUGGUUAUUGA